AUGACUCUCAAAGAUCUUGAAACAAAAACCUCAGCUAAUGAAGCUGCUAUCAGUAAGCUUCAAUCGGAUCUCAAAACGCUUUCUACUAAUCUUUCUACACAAAUUGAUACUGUGAAAGCUAGUUUCAGAGAAACCUUACAAGAGAAUAACCGCAGUCUUAUUCAGUUGCUCCAUAAACCUGCAAAUCAUAAUCGAUCUGAAGAUCCAGAAGGUUCACAUCAGCAGGAUGACGAUUGCACAAAUUAUUCUCAUCAUCAUUCUAGCUUUCCUAAUCACCAUCAUCGGAUUCCAAAACUAGACUUCCCACGAUUUGAUGGAUAUAACCCAAGAGGAUGGAUCCAGAAGAGUGAAAGAUACUUCAAACUCAGUGAUAUUGAAGAACAUAGGAAAGUCGACAUUGCUGCAAUCUAUUUAGAAGUUAAGGCUGAGAAAUGGUUUCUAAAUUUUCAAGUUAAUCGAAAUAGAAUUACCUGCCAAGAUUUAUCUCUCCAUUUAUGUGCUAGAUUUGAAAAUCCUGUAGAAGAAAAUUUUGUUGGUAGCUUUAAUAAAUUAGUUCAGUCCUCUUCUGUGGAUGAUUAUUAUGAUGAAUUUGAAUCACUCAAAGCUUUGACGCUACGUAUGAACCCUUCCUUGAGUGAAUCCUACUUUGUUAUGAGCUUCCUCAGUGGAUUGAAGGAUGAUAUUGGAAAAAUUGUAUCCAUGUUCCACCCAAAAACUCUAGCUGAUGCCUUCUCAUUAGCUAGACUCCAAGAACAGAAACUUCAAUUAACUAAUGCAGCCUCAAAGCCAUUUACCAAAUCCUUCAAUAUCCAUUACAUCUCACAAAAACCUUACACUCCUAAUCCCUUACCUCCUAAACCAAUUAUCACUUCACCCAAAUUUAGCCCUUCCACCCCAAAAUCUUUUUCACACCUACACCAAAGUCCACCCCUACACCUCCUAUCAUUAAAAGACUCUCUCAAGAGGACAUGGACAAAAGAAGAGCUCAAGGGCGCUAUUAUAAUUGUGAUGCAGUAUUCAAGCCUGGCCACUUUUGUAAGGGACACUGAGGAGGAAGAGGAAGUGUUUGUUGAGGCACCUGAAUCUCCAGUUCAAUCUGAAGUUGAAGUAUCUCUUCAUGCUCUCACUGGCUCUGCCACUGGUGAUACAAUCAGGAUUCCUGGCCUCAUCAACAAGAAGACCGUGUUUAUCCUUAUUGACACAGGUAGCACCACUAGUUUCAUUGACAGUGCAUUGGUUACUUCCCUCAAGUACUCUAUCACACCAACUUCACCUAUGCUGGUCACUGUUGCCAAUGGAGAGCAAACCACAAGUUCAGGCAUUUGCUCUAAACUCCAAUGGAGCAUGCAAGGGCACCAUUUUAUGGAAAACUUGAGAGUAUUACCACUUGGGGGGUGUGACAUAGUACUUGGAGCAGAUUGGUUGAAGAAAUUAGGUGAUGUGACCUUCAAUUUUGCAAAACUUAGUGCUUCCUUUCUAUACAAGACCAAACUUAUUACAUUGCAAGGCACUACUCCAAAACAUUCAUUCCUGAUGAUGAGUGGAGAGGCAGUCAAAAACUUAUUUCUAAAACAUUCACAUGGAGUAGUGGCUCAACUAUUCUCCAUCCAUACCACUUCAACACCCCCUACCACUCCGGCCAUUUUACUGCCACUCUUGCAGGAAUAUACUGAUAUAUUUCAAGAACCUUCCACUCUUCCACCUGAAAGAAGUUUGGACCAUAAAAUUCCCUUACAACCCAACUCCUCACCCGUCAACCAAAGGGCUUAUAACUGUCCUUAUGUGCAGAAAAGAGUAGUUGAACAAUUGGUUAAGGAAAUGCUUCAAACAGGGAUUAUUCAGCCUAGCCACAAUCCAUUUUCCUCUCCCAAACUUCUUGUGAGAAAGAAGGAUAAUUCAUGGAGAUUCUGUGUGGAUUAUAGGAAGCUCAACAACAUCACCAUUAAAGAUAAGUUUUCUAUCCCUAUUGUGGAUGAAUUGCUAGACGAACUACAUGGUGCCAUAUUCUUUUCAAAGAUAGAUCUGAGGGAAGGAUAUCAUCAAAUAAGAGUUCAUGAUCUUGACAUACACAAGACAGCUUUUUGA